AUGAAAAGAAGCAAAAUCUAUUUGGGGGUCAGAAUUUUUCUAAUCAUUGCUGGGUUGAUCAUGUUCGGAAUUGGUGUCACUAAUUUCGUUCUAGAAAUUACUCAAGAAAGUUAUUCCAUCUCGCGUGAUGGCCCUCUCGCAUUUGUCAUUACUCAACAUUUGACAGCUGGAGCUCUGACAGUCACUGGACUUUUGUGCUUCUUUUUUUCAAUUCUAACACUUGUUCAAGAUAAACAAAAUGUCACUUCCGAUCACAGACUAACAAAACUAAUCAAUGCAACCACUUCAGAUCCAACAGAGUUACAUUCUCUCCAACAUCAACGAAAAAAACAACGAAUCUAUAAUUUCUAUUGCUCACUUCAUUUAUGUUUUUGGAUUGGAUUAACAAGUUUCUUAUUAAUUUCAUUAGCAAUUUGCAGUUUAGUAUUAGUGGUUCAACUUGGAGCUGGAACUGCAACUAUAAAACCCAAUACCAAUAAGGAAAGUCUAUUACAAGUGUGUGCUGCUGCUUUGGGAGUCUCAAUUGGUCUCUGCUUAAUUGGUUGCGUACCCAUGUACCUUGUGGGUGUUUAUUUGAUUAACAUUUUUAGAGAUAAAUCAUUAGCAUCUUCAUCAGAUACAAAAUCAUCACACGAGCUCACUACGAGCACAACAGCCAAUUAUGUCUUGAUUAGUGCUCGUGAUAAUGACGAUGAUGAAGAUGAUGAUGACGACGAUGCCAUAUUGUUGCAUCAGAAUAAUAAUGAAAUUGCUCUCAAGUAG